CAUUGUUUUUAUACUGAAAAAAUCAAUGUUUAAUAACAAAAAAGCCAUUAAAUGUCACACUCUCAUUAGUUUACAUAAAUAAACCGAGCGUUGUGCUCCCAACAAACAUUCUUGAUCAAAAUUAUUAAAAACUUUGCCCAGUUCGCUCAGUCUUUCCAACUUCUAACAAUCUUCUUUAUACACUUUUGUUUUAAAUGUUAUCAAUUGCGAAAACCGCUUUGCCUUCUACUAUAAGAGACACAUUAUCUAGGAAUAACUCGGAUAGUGAACAAUCUAGGGACGGCACAAACGGUUCUCCACAAAAACAAAGUGAUAAAACAGACUUGUUAGGUAAUACAAGACUUAACGAAACCAACGGAAAUUAUCCCUUUCCUACUCCUAUAUCAACACCAAAAGACGAAAAUAAACAAUUGGAUGUAAACGUUGAUUCGUCUACGUCGUUGCAAGAAAACUUGGCAGGAACGGUGGAACCAGUAGAUACCACGCCAAUCAUAAUUCAACCUUCUAUUUCUAUUUCACCUAGUAAUUCUGUUACUUCUUUGAAAAUUGAACAUUUUGACCGUGAGUUUGACGAUGAACUUACCACACCUAUAGCUGGUGAUAUUGCUUCACAAAUACCUAAUGCUUCAAAUGCCAAUUUAACCGAUCGAAGUGAUUCAUUACUUUUGAGUGAUUCAAAUUCUUCAAAAAAGUUUCGUUUACCUACAAAGUCAAAUUCUGCAAAGUCAUCAAAACAGAGGAAAAGACCUAGUGUAAAUGUUUUUGAUGAAAACUUAAUCGAAUCUCCACCACUGAAUGGUCACGUUCCUGCUGCUCCAAGAAGGAAUGCAGAAUUUCAUGCCUUAUUUAGAAGUGUUCCGGAAGAAGAUUUUCUUAUAAAUGAUUAUGGAUGUGCUUUACAGAAGGAAAUCCUUGUACAAGGACGAUUAUAUGUUUCUGCAAAUCAUGUGUGUUUCAAUGCAAAUAUUUUUGGAUGGGUUACAAACUUGGUGAUUGCGUUUUCUGAUAUUGUUUCAAUUGAAAAAAGGAUGACAGCAUAUGUCAUACCUAAUGCAAUUCAAAUAUCUACACUGCAUGCUAAACAUUUCUUUACGACGUUCCUUUCAAGGGAUAGCGUUUAUGAUUUGUUGUUUGCAUUGUGGAAGCAGGUUCAUCCAUCUCUUCCGAUGACCUCCCUUACCGAAUCUGAAUAUGGAACAAGUCAAAAAUGUUCCGAUGCUUCAGAAACAUCAGGUGGUGAUGGUUUUACGUCUAGUGAUGAUGGCGAUGAUGAAGAAAAAUAUCAUCCCGUGUCCCCUCGAAACCAACCUCGUCACACAGCAAACAAUAAUAUUAAAAAACGUCGAUCUACUCAAUGUGCUUGUUUGAAAAAAGGACAACAUUAUAAUAAUGUAUCAUUGGAUACAAAAUUUACUGGUAGCGUUGAAAAGAUUUUUAAUUUGCUUUUCACGAGUGAAUUUUUGAAACGAUACCUUACAGAAGAAGAAAAGUGUACAGAUGUCGAAAUUGGAGAAUGGAAUACCGAAAGUUGUACAUGGACAAGAUCACAAAGUUAUAUAAAGCCAUUAAACAAUUCUAUAGGUCCCAAGAGUACUAAAUGCAUUAUCAAAGAUGAAUGUCAACAUCGAGAUUUUGACAAUUAUGUUACCAAUGCGUCAACAACAACUACACCCGAUGUACCAUCUGGAAGUAGUUUUUGCGUAAAAACCAGAAUAUGUAUUAUGUGGGCGGGAGCUAAUGAAUCCAGAUUAAUUGUUACCUGUUCUGUAGAAUGGUCAAAAUCAAGCUGGUUGAAAGGGACAAUCGAAAGGGCUUGUAUCGAUGGACAGCAAACAUAUUGGAAAGAACUUGCACAAGCUAUUAAAAAAUAUAUUGCAGCUCAUCCUUCAGAAUUUGGAGAAGAAUCAGGAGCUCCAGCUCAAGAAGAAACUGUUGAUUCUGAAGCAGUGGAUGAAAAGGCAUCACUUAAGAGAGCACAUACGCGACCUAAAGAUCGCAUUCGUCCAGCGAAUACAGAAGUAUCGAACUUACAAGAAAAUGAAUCAGUAACAGUACAACAUCAGAAUAAUAUUUGGAAUGUUGUGACGAAUAUAUUGUCAUCGAUUCUAAAUUCAUUGAUUAAAAAUAUCACAAUGCCCUCCUCAAAUAUCAUAAUGUUGUUAAUACUAUUAAUUUUGGUAAUUAACAAUAUUAACAAUUGGCUAACGCUUCGAAAUAUUGGACAUAAACUUGACAGUAUGAAUAAUAGAAGAGGUAGUGACCUUUUCUCUAAAUCAUAUGAACAUCGAGAAUAUACCCCAUUGUUUGUUGAGCGAUUUGAAGAUGAAAAAGAUAAUCCCCUUUGGCAGUGGUUACAAGAAAGAUCAAAAAUGUAUGAUGAAGCUGAGAAGAGACAGAGUGCGUUUCACACAUCCAAUUCGGAACAAACAGAUCAUACUACAUCGUCUGAAGUUUUAUCUUCCUCACAAAUUAAUUCUGAAGAUGGACAUCAUUUCAAGUCUAAACCAAUUUCUUCACAAAAUCUUCAUAAUCAAAUAGAAGAUAUAUAUAAAUUGAUACAAGUUGCUGAAGGGCAUGUAAGAAAGUUGGUGGAUGUUGCCGAAUUUGAAAGUUCUUAUCACAGAAAUUCUGAGGAUAAUAUAAACAGGCAACAAUUUAGUGAUGUACUUUAAAUGGUCUAUUUUUAUUUUUACUUGUUUUUUUUUUGUUUAUUUUUAUCUUUGUAGAUUCUCUUAUAUAAAAACAUUACCUGUAUAUUAUUAUUUGGGCUUGCGGGUGGUAAAAUUACAUAGGAGUAAUUCACGUGAUUGGUGUUCAGAUAACAUAUUUAUAUCUUAGAACAUACUUGUAGAACAUACUUAAACAAUCUUUCAAACAAAAAU